UUUAACUUUCAUUUUCACUGGCUCCUCCGAUCUUCUUAGUGUAGAUCAGGGCCCUGGUUUAGUGAGUGAAUCCUAACCACCUCUGCUCCUAGCCUGGCUUCACUCUGCUCCAAGGAAGCACAAAUUCUCCAUUGACGUUUGAAGAGCUCAGCUGAGAGAUCUGAAGCAAGAGGAGCAUGCAGUAAGAAUUUCUGGAAAAGCUGUCACCUCUGGGACAUUUUCGUGAGCUUAUAUGUUGGAGAACCAAUGUAUAAGGUGCAAUCAGCUGACACCUACAGCAGCCAACUGACCUGGGAGUUCCAUCAAGCAGACAACAUUCAUCUUCCUUUAUCUAUGUUGCUGAUUGCUGUGGAGCCCUGCGUCACUGAUUAGGGAUCUGUGAGCAAGAGGGGACACAGAAGUCAGGACAGGGGAGCUGCUGCAAUGGCUUCAGGAAUCCUGGUGGACAUAAAGGAAGAGGUGACCUGCCCCAUCUGCCUGGAUCUCCUGCCAGAACCCCUGAGCCUAGACUGUGGCCACAGCUUCUGCAAAGCCUGCAUCACCUCAAACAACAAAGAGUCCAAGAUUGGCCAAGAAGGAGAGAGCAGCUGCCCUGUGUGCCGCAUCCCUUACCAGCUGGGGAACCUGCGGCAUAAUCGGCAUGUGGCCAACAUAGUGGAGAGGCUCAGGAAGGUCAAGUUGAGGCCAGAGGAGGAGCAGAAGAGAGAUCUCUGUGUGUGUCAUGAAGAGAAACUCCUGCUCUUCUGUAAGGAGGAUGGGAAGGUCAUUUGCUGGCUUUGUGAGCGGUCUCAGGAGCACCGUGGUCACCACACAUUCCUCAUGGAGGAGAUUGCCCAGGAGUAGCAGGAGAAGCUCCAGAUAGUUCUGGAGAGGCUGAGGGAGAAGCGAGUGGAAGCUGAGGAGCUGGUAGCUGAUGUCAGAAAGGAGAGAACUUCCUGGAAGAAUCAAAUACAAAAUGAGAGACAAAGUGUCCAGGCCGAGUUUAAUCAAAUAAGAGGCAUCCUGGACUGUGAGGAGCAGAAGGAGCUGCUAAAGCUGAAGAAUGAGGAGGGAGAUAUUCUUUAUAAUCUGGCUGAGUCUGAGAAUGAGCUGGUCCAGCAGAGCCUCUUGGUGAGAACUCUCAUCUCAGAUGUGGAGCAUCGGUUGCAGGGGUCAACACUGGAGAUGCUGCAGGAUGUGAACGGCAUCGUGGAAAGGAGUGAGACCUUGACUCUGAAGAAGCCAAAAACUUUUCCCAAGGAACAAAGGAGAGUUUUCCGAGCUCCUGAUCUGAGAGGGAUGUUGCGAAUGUUUAAUGAGCUCACAGAUGUUCAACGCUACUAGGACUGAGAAGAUGAAGGACAGCUUUUCAACAACUUUUGUAUAUUAUUGAAGACCGUGUAUGGGAAUUAUCCACGAAAGAAUGUGUCCUUAGUGGGGUGUCGAUUCACUCCUGGUACCCCUUAUUCAUCAAGGAGUUAAGGAGAAAAUAUCAUGAAAUAAAUCAUAUGUACCAAGAGUGUAAGUUUUAGGUCCAGAGUGUCUGAGUUCAAGUCUUGUCUUUCCACAUAAUAGCAUUGUAACCUUGACUAACAUACUUAAGUGCUGUGUUUAUUUCCUUAAAAUAAUCUUGCUAUAAAAAUUGCAUCAUACUUAGGAUCAUUGUGAGAAGAAAAAUGCCAUUAAGUACAAAGUGUCUAAUUGUCUCAACUUAAUAAUAAGUAUUUGCUCUACUAAUUACUGAAAAAUAUAAGCUGUGUCAGAGUCUCAUGAAACAGGUUUGUGUCUUCAGGGGCGCUAGGGUUGUUUUUCCUGAAGUCUCAUUUUUCAGAUCCUAAUUAGCUCUCUGCUGCUGUCAAGACUACUCCAGCUCUGCUUGUGCUAAAUAAUCUGUGUCUAUGUGUAUGUGUACAACAUUUAGAAUUUCAUUAUAAUUCUGGCAUGCUACAUACUGGCCUUUAUCAAGUGACUUAAAUUCUAUGGGAUUCAGUUUCUCAUUUGUAAAAAAAAUAUGAAAUUUGCCUGGUGUAGUGUUACAAAAAUUAAAAAACAGAAGGUUUUCAAUAACUUCUGUCAUUUCUGUCAUUGCACAUAGCAGCAAUCCAGCAUGCUGUGUACUUAUUUUUUGGCUCCUUCUCACUGUGACUGAAAUAAAUGAUUUUAACAAUACAAAUUAGUUUACUUUCAACACUAUUACCCCCACUUUGUUUUAAGAAAUACAAUAACUUAAUUAAAGAAUUACAAUUUUCUUUAAGUUUUAGCUAAUUGCAAAUAAAUGUUUCUAUAUAGCCACCCAGUCUUAUCUUUUUCAUUUUCUGUAGUAAUUCUGUGUCACUGAAAUUGAGUUUCAAUUUGGACUCUGUUUGCCAAGCUUUAAAGAGUUAUUAUUCACAGGGAUAGAGUCAGAGCCAGAGGUUCUAUUGUGGAAUUUCCUAACAACCGUGUAGGUGAGUCAGUCUUCUUUGCUCUGGUCGGCCUUACUUUUGCAGUGAAGUGAAAGUUCCCAGGGAUGAAGAGGAAAGCCUGUUCUCCAACUUCAGUGAGAUAGGAGGGGAAUUAUUUCUGCAGUGGAUGUUCAUUCAGGACUUAGUGGGAACCCCCAUGUCUUUUGGAAUUUUUAUUCACAACUCUUCCCCCAGCCAACUUCGGAGUUAAAAAAAAAGUGGACUGUUUGGUUAACAGUGUCUACUGUCAUCCCUGCUUGUCCCCGGAAUUCCCAACUUCCUCAUCUUUGGAUGACCUUGGAUGAGAUAAGGGAUUUCAAAGUGGGUAUUUCCAGUAUCUGUGUGUGUGUGUGAUCUAUAAAUCCAUAUCUUAGUGCUCAUGCAUGGCAACUGGAGGAAAUUGAUCUAAAUUUUUCCUUUGACCUCUGCCUUCCUCUCACCUCAUUGCUAUGAUGACUGAGGAUCUGAUACACCAGCAAAAAUUUGUACUCUUGAAUAAUUGACAAAUGACUCUCCAGGGAUGUUCACUGUAAUGCCCAGUCCUCCAGUUCAGGAUGAGGUACCUAGGUAUAAGGAAAUAAAACCCUGAAAUUUUAUAUACCACAGAAACAAUGUGUACAUUGUGGGGCAUCUACUUUUUAGCAGAGGCUCAUGGCCCCAAAAUGAAGCCCUUUUCUGAAAAGAAUAUGAAACUUUUAACUUCCCCAAAUUGCACUGUCUCUUCUCAGUAAACAACCAGAGAAGGUAUCCUGGACUCAAAUAAUCUGGUGGACACCAAAUGUGGAUUUGCUUUCUGCAAGUCAGUUCUAAGGUUUUUCCUACCCCAGCACCUUUCAAUCUCUGAGUAGCAAUCACUUCCUGGUAUAUUUCCGGGGCCUCAGGACUGUGCUGGGCCAUUAAUGAGGCAGAUGUGCAUCCACAGGAAAAAGUUUCAGUGGGAUUAGGAGAACUCAGGAAACAAGGAAUCUUCAACCUGCGAGAACAUCCAUGGACAAUGUGCAGGCAGCAGUAUCUGGAGCCAGCACCACGUGGUGAUCAGAAGUUUCUCCAUUUGAGGACCUGAGAUCUUCAUUGGAAUAAACACAUAACCUGCCCUUGUUAAUAUGGUAUUCUAGUGACUUUCCAUUUUAUGUGAUGAUGAUGCUGUGCAAUCUCUUCAUUCUGUGCUACUCUCUCCAUCCUAUCCCAAAUUGGGUCUGUUCUUAACCUCAGCAUUCACAGCUUAUACUCCCCUUCUGCUGUACUAGGUACCUUCCCAGCUCAGUUAACUCUCACUUGUCUCCCUGGGGUGGGAAGUGGGGCAAUUGUUUUUCUCUUCAACAAAUUAUUAUUCAUGGCAAUAUGGGAAGAGUCAAGAGUACUUUGUGGGAUUUCUCAACAACGUUGUAGGCCAUACUUGUGUUUCUCUUGGACAGCCUUACUCUUUCCAGUGAUCAUAUAGACUAUGGCAGUCCUCAGCAAUGAAGAAAAGCCCUUUCUCUUCCCGCAGUGAGAAGGAAGGAAAAUUGUUUUUGCAGUAUGCGUUCUUGAAGGGCUUGGUGGGAUCCCCAUAGCCAGUCCUCUGCAAGUACAAAUAGGUCAUUCCUCUUGAGCAAAUACCAUAAGGUGAUUUACUGAUUUUUAGGGUGAGUGUGUGUUUUAUGUCAUAACGAACUACCAGGUUUCUUUCAAAGGGGUUGUCCCAUUUUUCAUUCUCACAGUUCAGGAAGGAGAAGAAGAUGGUAUGGAAUAUGGUGGUUAGCGUCGAGCUAUACAGUAGAUGUGAUGUUUGUUAUAGUCUAUUUUUGAUCUGUAAAUCUUGUUAACAACUAGAGGGGAGUGGAGGGCUCAGUGUGUGUGAGUGUGUUUACGUGGGAUGCCCAGGACAGGGUAGGGGAAUUGAUUUUGAGGACCAAAGGAGAUGAGCUCCCUUGUGCAAGGUGCUCUCUUUUCUCUUAUACUCUUCCUUCUCAUGCCUCCCAUACAUCCCAUAGCCAUCCUUUUACAGGCAUACCUCAGAGAUAUUGUAGGCUCAGUUCCAGACCACCAUAGUAAAGUGAAUGUCACAAUAAAACAAGUCACACAAAUUUUUUGGGUUCCAAGUGCAUAUAAACGUCAUGUUUACACUAUUCUGUAGUCUAUUACAUGUACAGUAGUACUAUGUCUAAAGAAAUAUUGUACGCAUCUUAAUUAAAAAAUACUUUAUCGCCAAAAAA